GUUUUCUGCUGCUGGGUGGAAGGAGAAAAACGCUGCCCCACGUAAAUCUGGGCGACUGGCAGAUAACUUGAAUCUUCCAUUCUUCGUAUCGCCUUGUUACUGCCACCGUUGAUAACCCACCCAAACAUCGACCUCCCCCCCCCACCAUCCUUCCAUACCUAUUCCCUUCCUCCGACCAUCGUCUUCGAGAUCUGUGCUUUCCUUUUCACGCUUUUAGAACCCUCUAUUUUGCGCUUCGUGAGAUUUUCUGCGACUGUCACUUGCGCCGGUUGCUGCACCAACCGCUAGAGUGGCCAUCAUGGAUUCGGAAAGAAGUGUUAGUCCUUCCCGAACCCGCCCUCCUGCUCCACCCCCUGCAUCCUCCAUUUUUUCCCCUACGAGUACCUUUGCCCUCAACCCUUAUUCCUCCUGCUGACGGCUUGCCUCGAAAAUCUUUCUAGUUCGUGUAUCCGCACUCCUCCCUUCCACGGCCGGGGAGUAGCAGUAGAAUUCCACCACCAACGCCCUCCCUUUUUCCUAAAGUUCUCAACGAAGUUCCCCCAAAUCCACGAGUUUCAAGCGACGCCGCCAUGAUGCCCCCACCGUCUCAAGCUGUGACUGAUUCAAUGAAGCAAAGAAGUAACAGUGCCUCGGGUCGGUCUCCCAAUCAUUACUCCUCCUCCUCCUCCUCCUCACCCUACCAUGGAACCACUCCUGGAUCUCCACUUUCCCCAAGACCCCUGCCAUGGAACAUUACUAAGCGAACAGUAGUGAAUGGACAGCUUACCUCUAAACGGAUCACCCUCGCCGAGCGGGCGGGCACCGGCGGGAGGAGCGCGGUACCCACUUCGGCCAUGAAGCCGGCACACGCCAGGAGUGUGAGUACUGGUAUCGGGAGAUCGACUUCGACCGCAUCGAGCACCUUCUCGAAAAGUGUUGGAGGCAGGCCGAACUCCUCUCUGGGAAUGUCCAAGGGUUCCGCCAUUCCUACCGGAGCUAGACCGGCAAGUGCCCAAGGCUUCCGACAUCCUGGCGGUGGGGAGAGCGCAUUGGAAAGUGGAGCCAAGUCUGUCAUGAAGAGGAAACAUACCGAUAUCAAGGGGAGACUCGAAGAUACCGAAGCCGCAAUUGCGGAGAUGCGAGAGAUCCAAGCCCAGGAGCGUGUCGAGACUAUGGCCCUUAAGGAGCAGCUCGAAGAUCAUAAACUGAGAGCAUAUCAACUUGAAACAACUCGUGUGACCUUGGAGACCCAGAACACCCAAGCUCAAUUCGAAUUGGAGUUAUACCAGAAGAAGACUUCCGAGCUGGAGAGGAUCUUGGGCGACGAGCGGAUGGCUCGUGCGGUUGAGAGAGAUGAUGCUUCAAAGAGGCUGCGAGAUGAAACCGACGAGAUUAGACGUAGACUUAGAGAUGAGAUGGAUGGAAUUAUCCGGUCGCAUAGGGAAGCGCUGGAGACCAUGGAGAGAAGGGCCCGGAAUGAUCUGGAGGAUGAAAAGUCCGCUCGGGCAAGGGAGAUACAAGAGUUGAAGAUGCAAGCUGCGAUGGAAAAGCAGAGGAUGGAACUGGAGAUGGAUGGGAGUGGGCGUGAUCUUAGGGCGAUAAAGGCAGAGCUUGAAACAACCAGGAUGGAACUCGAAAAUGCGAGAAAUGAGCUCCAGAGGGAAAAGGUGAUGUCGGCUAGUUUGCGGGAUAGCUUGUCCGAGCAGUCUGGAGCGACCCUUACUCUCGAGUCUUCGUCGCGUGCUCUUCGGGCUCGUGUGGAGGUUCUCGAAAGUGAUGGGAGGGCUCAGGCUAACAAUUAUGCUGAGUUGGAGGAGAAGCUCCGACAGUCAUAUGAGGAGACUAGAGUUGCUCAGGAGAAGCUGAGAGCUGAGGAAACCUUGAGGCGAAAGUUGCAUAACCAGGUUCAGGAGCUCAAAGGGAAUAUCAGAGUGUUUUGCCGUGUACGGCCGACGCUUCCUUCUGAGUCGGAGAUGCCGGCAGAUAUUAGGUUCCCAAAUGCUGCCCAUAAUCCGGACGUUUUCGAGGAGAUCUCGCAGCUGGUGCAAAGCGCUCUUGACGGGUAUAAUGUUUGCAUUUUCUGUUAUGGUCAAACUGGCUCGGGAAAGACAUACACAAUGUCCUCGGAAGACGGCAUGAUACCCCGCGCCGUGCACCAAAUCUAUGCGACGGCAAAAGAACUGGGGGAGAAAGGCUGGAGCUACAAGAUGGAAGGCAGCUUCGUAGAAGUCUACAACGAAAAUAUCAACGAUCUCCUUGGGCAAGCCGACGACUUUGAUAAGAAGAAGCACGAAAUCCGGCACGAUCCCAAGGAAUUGAAAACCACGAUAACAGACAUCAACACGGUUACACUGGACAACCCAGCAAAGGUCGAAUCAAUCCUCCGCCGCGCCUCGCAAACACGCUCCGUGGCCGCGACCAAAGCAAACGAGCGCUCCUCCAGAUCGCAUAGCGUGUUCAUACUGAAGCUCAUCGGGCUCAACUCUGUUACUGGCGAGCGCAGCGAGGGAACGCUAAACCUGGUAGAUCUAGCCGGUAGCGAGCGGCUGUCACACAGUCAGAGCACAGGAGAAAGACUCAAAGAGACGCAGAAUAUCAAUCGAAGCUUGAGCUGUCUCGGGGAUGUCAUUGCCGCGCUGGGCAAUGGGAAGGAAAAUUCUCAUAUUCCUUAUAGAAACUCUAAACUCACAUACCUCCUUCAAUACUCUCUCGGCGGCAACUCAAAGUGCCUCAUGUUCGUCAUGGUCUCGCCCAUGCAAGCGCACCUGAACGAGACGCUCACGUCGCUGAAGUUUGCCACGAAGGUGAAUAACACGUCCAUCGGCACGGCGAAGAGACAGGCUAAGAUUACCGGGUGA